CAUUUGACUUAGUUUCCACUCAACCUGCCACUCUCCAAAACCUCACCGGAGUUUACCCCACUGCAGCCCUCAUCUCCCAUUUUGUAAUAAUUUCAUAAAUCACUCAACAAACCAUGGCGCCACGCAACAAGGAACAGGAAGCUGAGGUUCUCACCUGGAUCGAAGCAGUUUUGGGGGAGAAAUUACCUAAGGGUGAAUACGAAGACAUCUUGAGGGAUGGAGUUGUCCUCUGUAAUGUCAUCAAUAAAAUUGCCCCGGGGUCAGUCAAGAAAAUUCAGACAAAAGGAACGAAUUUCCAACUGAUGGAGAAUGUUCAAAGGUUCCAAGCUGCCAUUAAGGCCUACGGAGUCCCUCAGGAGGAAAUUUUUCAAACGGCAGAUCUCUUUGAGAGACGAAACAUCCCCCAAGUGACCCUGUGCCUCUACGCCCUGGGCAGAAUCACACAGAAACACCAGGAGUACACAGGUCCCCGCUUGGGCCCAAAAAUGGCGGACAAGAACGAGAGGACCUUUACCGAGGAGCAACUGAGGGCACACGAAGGAGAGUUGAACCUCCAGAUGGGCUACAACAAGGGUGCAAGCCAGUCUGGCCACGGCGGUUUUGGCAACACCAGACACAUGUGAACAAACUAAUUACUCUAAGAUCAUUACUAUUUAAGAAGAAAUACAGUAUCUGCUUUAUAAAAUUGUUAACUAGACAAUAUUGACGAUUCGCUCAACAUUUACACGAACAGAAACACUCAGUAAUACACAACACAUGCACUGCGGAGAAAAAUUAUUACUAUAAAAUCAUUGAUGAUGGUUGAAGUGAGUUCUUUAUUUAUUAAUCUAUCGAUUUAUCUCGGUAACUUUUUAUGUGACGAAAAAACUCGAGAGAACUUUUUUGGGGUGAAUUAAAUUUCUGACGAAAAAGGGCUCUUGAUAUUUUGUCGUAAAAUCAAUAGCUCUGUAGAUAGAUCGAUUCGAUGUGUAAUAAAAUGACGGAUUAAUUCGUCUGACUUUAAUAUUUCACUACCAAAUUUUAAAAAAAAAUUCAAAUUCGGAUUUGAGACUGAAAUGUGAAGAUUAGACUAUUUUCCUCCGGGGUGCAGUUACUCACGCAAAUACACCGAAACACAGUUGACAAAAUAAAAAACAAAGCAACACAAAAACGAAUUGAAUAAUUGUUUAAUUGGUGAUUUUCAUUGUCUAUUUGGAAAAUGUCAUCAGAACUUGUGACAAUCAGUGAAAAAUAAAUCAACGAAAUUUUCUAUUUUA